AUGAAGCCAUUUGGAUCAACUAUGAGGCCUAGACUUAUUUUCUACCGAGACAUGUCCGUGCCCCCCAAAGAUCUAGGAUGCAAGGUCGUGGUCAGGAGAGGGCAGACGGCCAUCCGGGACACUCCACUCGACUGGAGUCACCUCGCUCGAUUGAGUUCAUCUCACUCGAUCGAGCUUGCUCGUGGCUCGAUCGAGUUGUGCCUCGAGUUCGUUUCCUCUUCUUCCUAG